GUAAGAGAUCAAAUUUGAAUAGAAUUUUGUAAAAUUUACAUAUUUUUAAAUUAUUUGAAAUUAGAAUAACAAUUUUUUUUAUGUACACUUUUGCCCCUCUGAGUUGGCCUCAAUUAGCAGAUCCAUUAGAAUAGGUAACUCUCCUGUCUCCUCUCCUCUCUUUUCGCUUCCCAUUUUUAAAUUCACUAAAUUACAUCAUCCCUUUGCAAAUUCUAAAACUAUUUAACAACAUAUAUUAAUAUUAUAUUCUCAAUGUCUUCUCACACUUCCCCACUUCCAUAUCAUCUACGUGCAACACACACAUCAAUUAUCAUUCACAACUCCUUGCUUCGUGUCCGACACGUCAAUACUAGCGCGUGGAUAUCUCUUUAUUCAACGCGCUUUGUUGAAGAAAAUUUGCCCUAGACUAAUUCCCUUCUCCUAUAUCUCCACCAUGAACCACCACCGUUUGCCCCUCCGAUCACCGCUGAAUUGCUGCUAAUUUUUUUGAUAUUCCCGAUUUUGCUCCUUAGAUCUGGAAGAUUCUCGAUUUUGUCCUCGUUAAAAAUGGAACCUAUGGACAUCGUUGGUAAAACAAAGGAAGACGCUUCACUUCCCAAAGCAACCAUGACAAAGAUUAUUAAAGAAAUGUUGCCCCCAGAUGUUCGUGUUGCCCGAGAUACUCAAGAUCUUUUGAUUGAAUGUUGUGUAGAAUUCAUUAACCUUAUCUCAUCAGAAUCCAAUGAAGUCUGCAAUAGAGAAGAGAAACGAACAAUUGCUCCUGAACAUGUACUCAAGGCUUUACAGGUUCUUGGUUUUGGGGAGUAUAUUGAAGAAGUAUAUGCUGCAUACGAACAACACAAGCUAGAGACCACGGACACCGUGAGAGCCGGGAAGUGCAGUAAUGGAGCUGAAAUGACUGAAGAAGAAGCAUUAGCUGAGCAACAGAGGAUGUUUGCUGAGGCGCGUGCAAGGAUGAAUGGUGGUGUUAGCGGUGCCCCCAAGCAGCAAGAUCCAGAAGCAGAGCAAACCUUGAAUAGCUAACUUCACUUUUUUGUUUUUCUGUAGGAAGAAAAAAGCAUCUUUAGUCUGUUUUAGUAGCAGGAUCUCUCUUCUAUUAUGUACAAAAGGCUCCUGGCGCAUGUGUACGCUUGUGAGGGCUCUAGUUCAGUUUGUACUCAGAUGCUUUAUGUUCAUAUAUUCUGUAAAUUAUUCAGAAUUUGCUUCAGAAUGCCCCCUUUCUUGUCAA